CAUCAAGCUAUAAAUCUGCAAGUAAAAAGAAAGAUACGAUUGGAGUAUUGCUGGUGAAACGGAAUGAAGAUUUGUUCGUUUGGAACAAUUAAUGUUCGUGUUGUCUGGAAGGGUUUAAUCAGUAUCUAAAGUCAUUUUCCAAUUCCAUGGCUUCAAUGGCUACUGCUAAAGCACUCACAGAGCAGCUUCUGAAAACAGCUGAUGAUCAGACACUAGAGUCGCCUUUGCAAAAUUAUAAGUCCCUAAAAUCAGAACUGGAUACACCAAUAAGGUUGCCAAAAUCUACAGGUACAGCUGAUCAAAAACCAAAUCAUUACAUUCCAUCGAAGACUAUGCGUUGUUCCGAACCCAAUAACUUGCAUUCUCCUCUUAAAAAUCUAAAACUCUUAUCUCAUCAAGCAAACACGUCAGAAAUUCUUCAAUGUUUAGAUGGAAACGAAGAUCAGGAAAAGAAAGCCGGCGAGCACAGCAGCGAAAAGAAUAGUUCGUCGUCUGCAAAAAUCAGUGAUGGAACAAUCAGCUUUACAAAAACUAGCGAAAGUGCGAAGAUAAGCGACCGAGCUGACUUUGUUGAGAGCGGCAAGAGUAGCGUGUGCAAGCCCAGCACUAGUAGUGAUGUGAGCGAUGAGAGCUCAUGUAGCAGUUUAAGUAGCAGCAUCAACAAGCCUCAUAAAGCAAAUGAUUCGAGAUGGGAAGCCAUUCAGGUUGUAAGGAUGAGAGAUGGAGGUCUAGGUUUAAGCCAUUUUAGGCUUUUAAAGAGAUUGGGAUGUGGUGAUAUUGGUAGCGUGUAUCUUUCAGAAUUGAGCGGUACAAAGUGUUAUUUUGCCAUGAAGGUUAUGGAUAAGGGGUCUCUAGCUAGUCGCAAGAAGCUGCUGAGGGCUCAAACAGAGAGGGAAAUACUGCAAUCUUUGGAUCAUCCUUUUCUUCCAACAUUAUACACGCAUUUCGAGACCGAUAAGUUCUCAUGCUUGGUGAUGGAAUUCUGUCCUGGAGGGGAUCUGCACACUCUCCGGCAGAGGCAGCCUGGAAAGCAUUUUACAGAGCAAGCUGUGAAAUUCUAUGUGGCAGAGGUCCUCCUUGCUCUCGAAUACCUACACAUGUUGGGCAUCAUCUACCGUGACCUCAAGCCCGAAAAUGUUCUCGUUCGUGAAGACGGCCACAUCAUGCUCUCAGACUUCGAUCUCUCCCUCCGGUGUGCCGUCAACCCAACCCUCAUCAAAUCUUCCAACCCCGAUUCCGAGCUCCCGAGAAACAACAAUCCGGUUUACUGCGUCCAACCAGCCUGCAUCGAACCCUCAUGCAUCCAGCCUUCUUGUGUCGCUCCCACAACCUGCUUCGGCCCCCGUCUCUUCUCCUCCAAAUCUAAGAAGGACCGGAAACCGAAGCCGGAUAUCGCAAAUCAAGUCACCCCGCUGCCGGAGCUCAUCGCAGAGCCAACCGACGCGAGAUCCAUGUCGUUUGUCGGCACCCACGAGUAUUUGGCUCCGGAGAUCAUCAAGGGCGAGGGGCAUGGAAGCGCGGUGGAUUGGUGGACCUUCGGCAUCUUCUUAUACGAGCUUUUGUUCGGCAAGACUCCGUUCAAAGGAUCGGGAAACCGAGCUACAUUGUUCAACGUGGUCGGCCAGCCAUUGCGGUUUCCGGAUUCUCCGAUCGUGAGCUUCUCGGCUAGGGAUUUGAUUAGGGGUUUGCUGGUAAAGGAGCCGCAGCAUCGGCUUGCGUACAAGCGAGGAGCGACGGAGAUAAAGCAGCAUCCGUUCUUUGAGGGCGUGAGCUGGGCAUUGAUAAGAUGCGCGACUCCUCCCGAGAUCCCUAAGCCAGUGGAGAUUGAAUUGGCGGCAGGGAGAGUUGCUUCGACGAGCGAGAAGGUUGGUGGUGGUGGUGGGACUGAUCAGAAUAGUUCAGAUUGCUAUCUUGAAUUUGAUUUCUUUUAGAGGUUUUCGCAGCAGGGGAGUGCAAGUUUCUGAUUUAUGUGUGGAUGGGAGGGGUGAAGCCAAUUGUUGAAAUGUUGUGAUGAUGAAUAUGUUGUUUGGUAGGACUUGUUAGAUUGGACUUGUGCUCCUCACUUAAUGUUGAAAUGUUUUAAAUCCUUCUUAUCAUUGGUUUAAUUUGCAGAUAGAAAAAGUAUUUUUUUGGUAAUGAUGUCAUUCUCGAAAAAUUAGUCCAUCACUCUCGAGUCUGGUGGGCAUGUGCCACAUGGCAACUGGGCCCACCUCUCUUAAAAAUCUAUCAAACCAGUGUAUUGUAGAGGGACCUACUUGCCACAUGCUCACUCGACUCCAGAUGCGAAUAUGCAUCUGGUGUCCCGAGUUUGUCUGAAUUUGAAAACAGAGUUAUUAUAUUUUUGAGGAUUUUGAAC